AUGGGCAUAUCGACGAGAGUCAUAAGCCCCACUCAUCCCUUUGUCACCGGCAAAAUCCAUAGGCGGCUCGACUUUCGGAAUAACGGAUUCCGGGAUGGCAACUUUCGGGCACGCUUCUACUUUUUGUCAGCGGCUUUUAUUGCGUAUGUGGCGUACAUCGUCACCGACGGGUUCGAUAUAGAUGUUCGGUCUUGGUUUAGAAAUCAAGUUGGGGAUCGAGAGUACGUG